GAUGGAACAUCUUAAUGAAGACGAGAAAUGAAUGUAAUUGCUUUGACAUAUGUCUUAGGUACUUUUGUGAUAUCAGUUGUAAAGCCAGACGACAUCGAGCUGUUGCCAAAAAUAGUGAAUGUUGUUGAGAAUUCAAGUGUAACAUUAACAUGCUCGAAGAAAAAUGGAUUUCUCUCAGAGACAAGAUGGAUGAACUCUCAAAUUACCGAAAAUGCAAACCUCGCCUUUUCUAACGGACAAUGUAUCGUCACUAGGUUUUUGCUUGAUAGCAAUUUAUAUGACGGUUUAUGCAACGGAAAUGGAACUUAUUCUGUGCUUCUUAAAAAAAUUGAUCGUAAGCACCAUGGAGGUGAAUGGACGUGUAUGGAGACAUUAUUUAGCGUUAGUAACAUAGUGUCCAUUUAUGUUUCAGAUCCACCUGAAGGCCCUCCAGUAAUACAUGGCUACAAAAACGGCACGGUACAUCAGGUUGUUGAAUCAGAAUUAGGCACAAUAAACUGCUCUGUUAGUGGAGGAAAUCCAUUGGCUACCCUCACAUUGACUUGUUUCAACAGACAAUCAACAGCAGACACAACAGUUACGAGUUACGUAAGUUGGAAAGCAAUUCGCAAUCAGAGCGAAUGCACGUGCGAGUCGGAUCAUGUUAUAGGUGGUAAACUAAUUACAUACCUCAAGUUCGAAGUUAUGUUUCCUCCAAGUGCGGUUUAUUUAUCUACUGAAAGAGGAUCAGAGAGAGGCACUAUUGUAGCUAACAAUGGUGAAGAGGUGAUGCUUAAUUGCGUUGCAGAAUCAAAUCCUAAGCCGGACAUAAUUAUAAGAGACCAACGAGAUAUACAGUUAACAGUUUUAAAAAAUAACAGAUUUGUUAACUAUACAAUACACAAGGUGUCCUGUGACGAUGCUGGAGAGUAUACAUGUUAUGCAAGAAAUACGUUAACAGUUGGACAAGAAGCAAAAUCCAAACUGAUUCUCAUUGUCAGAUGUCCGCCACGUCCGAAAACUGUAAAAGACGACAAUGUAACAGCCAUUUUGCGGUCUGACGUCACACUGCAAUUUACAGCACAUGACUUUUUUGAUGAGCAAAACAAAACAGAAUUUACAUGGUAUAAACAAAACAUGUCAUUACAAAAUGGCGGAAGUAAACAUAUAAUUUCAUCAUAUGGAUUACAGUCAGUCUUAAUCAUCAGAAAUAUUACUCAAACAGAUUAUGGCCAAUACCGAGUUAUUGUCAGGAAUUCAGUUGGACAAUAUAUUCAUAAUUACGAAUUGCAAAUAAAAGAAAAUCAAGAACCAGAGGACUCAACUAUAACUGGGAUAAUCAUUGGUGUCGCUGUUGGUACAUUUGCUUUCACAAUUUUAGUAGUUGUUUUGUCAUUGAUUGGUUACAAAUACAUGUAUAUCAGACGUAAUCAUAGUCUUGAAAGAAGUGUUACGCAAGCAACUAGAAAUGAAAAUGAUACUGUCUCUGAAAAUCAGACAACAUCUACAUAUGACGACAUAAACCUUGCUUCUGACCCUAAAACUGUAUACGAACAACUUGAUGAUAAAGGAAGAGAGGGUCAAGCGUACAUGGAAAUGCAGAAUAUCAAAACAGAAGAAACCAGUCGUGACUAUAUAAACAUGACGGUUUAAAUAAUAAGUGUUAUCAGUUCUGUGCCUCGGGACCAAUUUUAGUACGAAUUAGUAUACAUAUUUUAAAUCGAGGGCAACCGCCAUCUAAAUAAGAAAAUCGCAAUGUAAAAAAAUAAUUUACCCCGGGAACUUAACAGUUCUUAUUCAUCAAUGCUGAAAGUAUUAUAUUGUGCAGAACGAAAAACAAAUAUUUGUGUGCGAUAGAAUGAAUUAGUUUGCAUAUUUUUGUUUAAUACCAGAUUAGAGUGGAUCAGCAAAUUACUCCUACCAUAAGUUGAUUUUAUUUUAACUUUCUAUGUUAGAACUACAAAAAGCUUUAUCAAUAACAUAUUGAUAAACAGAACUUUUAAUAUAAAUACCACAUAAAAAUUGUUUUUGUUACUUAUUUUGUUAAGCAUCUACUAAAAUGCUUUACAAACAAUACAACUGAAAUAAUUCCGUCAAGAUAUUCAAAAUAUAAACAAAUAUUGUGUAAAGGGUUUAAAUAUUCGAAAAUGCAUAUUGUAAAAGGUUUAUGACAAUUACACGUAAUAGCAUAUAUUUGGCGGAAACUAUUUAAUUACUAUAUCAAAUUUUACCAUACAUUUUGGCAACAAAUAUUAGAAUAAUUCUAUUUACAAGCAUAAAUAUGGGUACAAAGAUUAACAAAAAUAUUCCAAACAUAAAGAAUAAAUGUGACAAAAUUGACAUACGUGCUUCCUCAGUUUUACUUAGAUAUUCUAAAACCGUUGCCAAGACCAUUUCACGAAACAUUUAAAAUUUGUAAACGUGAGGGAUAUCAUUUUUAGCUCGACUUUUUUUUUGUUGAAAAAAAAAGUAGAGGUAUUGUUAUAGUCGCGGCGGCGUUGCCGUUGCCGUCCGCAAACUUGUACCUGGAUCAUAACUUUUUUAUUUCUUGGUGUAUUGUCUUCAAACUUGGCCACAACAACCCUUGGGACAAGACCUUUCAGUAGACCCCACUAACCUUGACCUCAUCCAUAAAUGACCUUGACCUUCAAGGUUAAAAGUCCAAAUUUUGCUUGUUCAUGCUGUUAUUGGCUGUAACUUUGUUAUUUUUCAAUGGAUUGUCUUCAAACUUGAACAUAAUAAUGUUCAAGGAUAACCCUUAAAAAUAACCAGACAGACCUUGACCUUCACUCAUUAAUGACCUUGACUUUGAAGUUCAAAUUAUCGAAAUUUUCAUUGUUUUGGCUGUAACUGGCUGUAACUUUGCUAUUAUUGAAGGGAUCAACUUCAUAUUAUAAUAAAACAUACUUAAGACAAGACGUUGUGGUUUAUCAAACACUUGGGCUCUUUAAUGACCUUGACCUUGAUGGUUAAAUUACUAAAUUUUCUCAGAUUUGUGUAUUAAAUGACCAUAUAUAUUUAUUGGGGUGCGUGUGUAUAUAUAUAUAUAUAUAUAUAUAUAU